AUGGACACUGAAGUAGGCAUGUACAGACCGGGCAUUACGCUGAUCAUACACACCGUGUGGAAAUGGAGCGACGAAGCAAUCGAAAAGCUUAAAAUGAAUUUUCGGGCAUUAGAAGAAGAUUUUCAUAUUGAAAUCGUUUUCAUUAGUCGAAAGCAGUACUUUGAAUUGAAGGGAUAUGAUCAAGAAAACGUUAUAAAAGCGCGAGAUGAAAUGAUAAAAUUGUUGGUAUCAAAGUCAGCAAAAGAAGCUUCACUAAGUUUUAUCAUACCCGAAAAAACAAAACGACCUUCGCGAAUCGAGGACACGCCGGUUACCCAACUCCAACCGCCUCAACUCCACACUGAUGAAGAGAUUCCAUUCUUUAUUAGCACGAACAAUCUCGAAAGGGAUCUGACAUGGGAGGAAGAGGAUUCUCCACAUGAUAUUUUCCGAUUUAAUGAUGACAUUGUGGAUAUUGAAGCUGUUCUUGGGACAAAAGAGUUCAACAUGCCUAUUGAUUACUGGAUGGAAAUAUCCAGAGCUUUGAACGUCGCUGGUGAUUUAAUUUUAGAUAGGCGGAUAAUUCAAAUGACUGAAGGCAAGAGACGUGAUAUCGAAGAAGCCAUGGAAAGGCUUAGGGUGCUGGAAAUGAUUGCGCUCCGCCCUGAAUUUAAACAUCUUUCGGUCCCACUUGUACAUUAUCCUGACGCGAGCGUUUGGUUCAAGAUUGCUUUUGUUCCACUUAGAAGGCACGAAUAUUUCAGAGACGUGGUCAGGCACGUGAGAAGAGAGCCAUUUAUCCUAGUACCAGCCACCAGACAAGGCACUGAUAAGUUCGUUAUAGCACAAACUCUAGGAAAACAGCCAAGAUCGCGGAGCAGUAAAGCUUCCUCUUCGCGAUCUUCCAAAUCAUCAGUUCGUCCUUCUCCUCCUCCCCAAUCAUCGGCUCCUCCCAAACCACCUCUUCGUCCUGAUGAUGACUACAAUGCCUGGGUCCGUCUGACCGACGAACAAAAGUCGGCUCGGAAAGAGGCCAAGAAACAGCAAUUAGCUUCUAUGAGAAAAAUGAGGGCUCGAGGCAUGCCUGAGGAUGAAUAUGGCGUAGUGCCCCGUAGUUCCAGACGGCUGCCCGAUGACGACAGUUUUGAAGACGACUUUCCCCCUCGCAGUACUUACGAGACCAAGAUUCCGGCUGAUCCACUGGACGAGAGGUUGGCUGAUGCCUCACGCACCCCCAUGAGGAAGACUUUAAGGGAUAUUAUUUACGAAAAGACUAUUGGUGGUGGAUCCACGAGUAACAUUAACCCCGGUCGAACGCUCCGGGAACAUAACUUUCAUCACAUGCAAGACAUAUUUCGCAAGGCACUAAAGUUUUGUCACCCCUUGAAAGGAGAAAUUCGAUUUUUUGGAAGUCUCGGAAAAACUAUCUUCCAGAAAGUUCCUCAGCAUGUAGAAAAUUUGUACUGGGAAUUCCUCGAUUUAAAUAUGAUAGAGAAUCAAUUAGGAGUAACACACUGUUUCCAUAACGUGGCAGCGUACGAUGACGAUCAUAAACUAGUCGAGUAUCUUGGCGAAGUGUGCGGAGAAAAGCCGUUCCAGCGCACUGAACACUUUGAAAUUCACGCGAAAGCUCGCAAUGCUAAACAAGCCGAUUACGAAACCGUUGUUAUGUGCGUGAAUAUCAACCGUGUACAACUGGAAAAAGUGACAUUCCCAUGGGAACACGUAGCAGACGCCUGCUGGAAUGUUCUUGAUCGUGUGGCUAGACGUCGGUCGAUCCGCAGUAGUAUCAAGCCAUUCAACGUAUUUAUGAAAAAAGUGUCUAUUACGCCGACUAAAGGCCGAAUAUCAUUCGAGGAUAUUCCAGAUUUUCUUCAUGUCACUUCGAUUUCCAAACGAACAACGCAAAAGUUUAAACUACACAAGCCUUUUAUUGCCGAGUUUUCUCGAAUAGAAAAUAUACCUAUUGAUGAUCAGCACGCGAAUAAAAGAUUGGGUAAAACCGGUGAGGGCAAGGUACACUACAGCCUCGAGAUUACAAAUUUCGAUCAUAGCCAAAGUUUUGAAGAAAAUAUCCAUCUGUGUGCCGGUGCGCUUCCUAAAUGGACUAUUGAAAGUAUAUUAGGACCAGAUCCUCAUCUAGUGAAACUUGUCGACUUUGUUAAAGCUAUGUUGUUGCUGGUUGAAAAGUCUGAUAAGGUAGCUAACAAAUGGUUUGCACAGAGAGGAGAAGUGGGGGUUGAAGAGGAAGAUGAAGAAGAUUUUUGGAAUUACUGA